AUUACGAAGACGAAGAGGAAAAAUGCUGAGAUCAUUCACAAGAAAGUUCAAACUCAAUGUACCGAAUGGUUUGAUCUCCAAGCCAAUUAUAUCUACUCUCUUCUAUUCAACUUCUUCUUCAAGUUAGAAGGCAAAGUCGCGGUCAUAACAGGCGGUGCAAGCGGCCUAGGGAAGGCCACAGCGGAGGAAUUUGUAAGCCAAGGUGCUCAAGUCAUUAUUGUAGAUAUAGACGAGGAUGCUGGUCGUACGGUGAUGACCGAACUUGGCUCUGCCGCACAUUUCAUUAGAUGUGAUGUCACUGUGGAGGAACAAGUCGCUAAGGCCGUGGAAACCGUCGUGGCUCGCUAUGGGAAGCUUGACGUGUUGCUCAAUAGCGCCGGAAUAUCAUACGCAUUA